UCCUGCGUCACUUCCGGAGCAGCCCAAGAUGGCGGCUGGGCUGGGUGACAGGGACCCGCUGCUACGGCUGAGACGCCACCUGAGGGAGGAGGUAGAGCCCCAGGCUCUGCUGCUACAGCCUCCUCCCGGGGGAGCGGCUGAAGAAUCUACAAAUGUGGAGAAAAAAGAGAAGCCUCUUCCCAGACUUAAUAUUCACUCUGCAUUCUGGAUUUUGGCAUCAAUUGCUGUGACAUACUAUGUUGAAUUCUUUAAAACUAUUAAAGAGACCAUUCAAGCAGAUAGUUGGUGCAUUGUUCUCGGCAGCUGUUUGUUGGUUGCGAGCUUAGCUAUUGCUUUUUACUGCAUAAUAUAUCUAGAGUGGUAUUGUGGAAUUGAGGAUUAUGAUGCCCAGUAUCCAGUACUGAUACCUGUCACAACUGCCACUUUUAUUGCAGCAGCAGUUUGUUUCAACAUUGCCUUAUGGCCUGUAUGGUCAUUUCUCACUCCUCUGUUGCUGUUCACUCAGUUUAUGGGUGUUGUGAUGCUUGUGUCACUGCUGGGAUGAGUCACCUAAGGUAUCAAGAAAUCUGCCUUUGCAAGGAAGUAACUAACUUGGUUCGCUACACUGUGUGCGAAGUUUAAAUACUAUGGGUUCCUUGUGAACCUCUGCUGAAAAACAUGGCAAUAUUGUAUUUCAGAACUUCAAUAUCACAUGAAGAGUCUGAUUCACAUUUACAAAAGCAAAUCAAUUCAACAUUCAUGCCAGUUCCAUCUGUCACUAGCCAUGUUAUUGUUGGAAUGUGUAGGGGGAAAGGGGGUGCAUGUGCUGCAAUGCUCAGAAGCUACUAGACUGAGUUAAAGAACUGAUCA